AUGUCCAUCUGCAAAAACGCCCUCCACGCUCUGCGCGCGCAGAACAAAGUCUGCAAAGCCUUCGGCGUCAAGCUAAUCACAAGCCCGGAAAUCGUGCACGUCGCCCACAACGCCGGUUUCGACUCCCUCUUCAUCGACCUCGAGCACUCCGCCCUCAGCCUGCGCGAAGCCAACACGCUGUGCGUCGCGGCGCUGUCGGUCGGCAUCUCGCCGUUCGUGCGGGUGCCGGGGCAGUCGAGCGCCGGGUUCGUGCAGCGCGUGCUCGAUAAUGGGGCGCAGGGUGUCGUUUUUCCGCAUUGUGACAGUGCUGAACAGGCAAGGGCCGCGGUGCGCAUGGCCAAGUAUCCGCCGCUGGGCAAGCGUUCGGUGAUGGCGAUGCUGCCGCACAUGGGGUACCGGCAGGCGCCGCUGACGGAAGUGACGCAGUUAGGGAACGCGGAGUUGUCGACAGUGGUGGUGAUGAUCGAGUCGCCGGAGGCGGUGCGGGAUGUCGACGCCAUCGCGGGGACCGAGGGGGUGGAUGUCGUGUUGGUUGGGUCGAAUGAUCUGUCAAUCGAGCUGGGUGUUCCGGGGGAUUGGGAUAGCCCGGUGUUCUCGGAAGCUCUUGCGAGGAUCGCGGAUGCUGUGAGGAGGCAUUCGAAGAUUUUGGGGGUGGCGGGGAUAUAUAAUAGGCCGGAUGUUAUGCAUGCGUGCAUUCAUCGACACGGGGCGAGGUUUGUGCUUGGGCAGAAUGAUCUGCCGCUUAUGUACAAGGCUGCGGGAGAGGUGGCGUCGAAAUUGAAAGACCUGGAGGAAAUGGAACAGGUACCAUAG